AUGGAUUUUAUUUUUUGCAUAAAAGGUGGCAUUGCUGUUAUUAGUCUUAUGACUGGUCAUGUCGUCAAUAAUUUCAAUAUAAAAUCAAGCUCAACUAUUGGUGACACAAAUAGAACACUUGAUAAUUUUCCAACAGGUUCUGAUGAAGUAAUCAUUGCAAUGGCACUUUCAUUCACCGUUGGAUUAGUACAACUAAUACUUAGUAUUUGCCGUCUCGGAUUUGUGACAUUAUUUUUAUCAGAUACAUUCAUCAGUGGUUAUACAGCAGGAACUGCCGUACUUGUACUAACGUCCCAAAUGCCUGACGUAUUCGGCAUUAAAAUUCAACGUCGCACGGGUCCUCUUAAAAUUAUUUAUGUCUACAUUGAACUAUUUAAACGUUUAAGAGAAACUAAUUUUGUGACUUUAAUCAUAUCCAUAAGUGCAAUGAUAUCAAUAUAUACUGUCAAAGAAUUUAUUGAACCGGCCUACAAACGACUGAUAAAACAAUGCAAAAUUUUUCGACAAGUUCAAAUACCAAUUCCAAUAGAAUUGAUUGUUGUAUGUUAA